AUACCGUUUGCCUACCAAUUCAUUCGAGCUCUCAUCUCUCUACGCUCAUAUCUCAGUCGGCCGUACGCUCUCUCCGUUUGCAUAUCCUCUUCCCUCCAGAUUUGCCAAGAUGAUGAACGAUGAGGGACAAUUUAUGGAUCUUUACAUCCCAAGGAAGUGCUCUGCCACAAACAGGCUGAUCACUUCAAAGGACCAUGCUUCUGUCCAAAUCAAUGUUGGCCAUUUGAAUGAUGAUGGUGUAUUUAAUGGAAAGUCCACCACUUUUGCCUUAUGUGGAUUUGUUCGUGCUCAGGGAGAUGCUGACAGUGCUGUGGACAGGCUCUGGCAGAAGAAGAGACAUGAACUCAAACAGUGAUCACUCCUGCUCUUAGUUUGAUUUGAGUUUCUUUGUCAGUGCUAUUUGAGAUUCACUUUAUUUCACUCUUUAGUAGCUACAAUGAGCAUUGUUUGUAACUUUUCUGUGUACUAUUUGCCUUGAUCUCGGUUUUAUGUUUCCAAAGACUUUAAAGGUUGAGACAAUGGAGCACUUAUUUGUGUACUAACUUUGAUUUGAGAUUUUUUUUGCGAGUGAUGUCA